AUGGUUCAGCGCCGUCGGUUUUUUCUUUUACAGGACACAUGUUGUCACUUCGGGGGUGGUCUCUGUUUCCUCUCAUACAAUUUUUAUUCCGAGUCCUUAUUGCUUUUCGUUUUUCAACUUUAUAUUUUAACUCGUUUCUAUCUAUCUUAUCUAUCUAUCUAUCUAUCUAUCUAUCUAUCUAUCUAUCUAUCUCUCUCUCUCUCUCUCUCUCUCUCUCUCUCUCUCUAUAUAUAUAUAUAUAUAUAUAUAUAUAUAUAUAGUGUUGCCGAUUUUUUUCUCCUCUAUCUUUUUAUCGUCCCGGUCAAAAUUGACUGUUUUUUUUUUUUUAUUUCUCUUUACCCUUCGCUUCUAUGUCCCCAAAGUUUUUUUUCUUCCUCAAACACACAAAAACAGAUUGAAGGGUUUUUAUUUUCUGCUUAUUCCUCAUUCAAAACUUCCUUUAAAUCCCUCCUAUCCUGUUCUUCUCUUCACUUUUCCACUGUUCUUGUAUUUAUCUCUUUAACUCCUUACACUUUCUCUCCUUCCAUCACUUUCCGAAUCUUUGUCUCUAUUUUGCUUAUCUUUUUUUGUCUUUUUCUUUUCUUUCCUUAUCUAUCUCCAAGUUCUACUUCUUUUUGUAACGUAUAG